AUGUAUUUGACGUUAAAGACGAAUCCUGAAGAUAGGACUAGAAGAAAACGGCAAUAUGAUUGUUCAUUUGUAUUAGGUAAAACGAUUAAAUUUUGUGAAGAUAUGGGUCAAAGGCAAAGCGAAAAUAGACAAUAUGUUGAUCAAGAGAGUAAAGCUUUAUGGGAAGUUGAAAUGGAAAUGAUGAGCGAUUUAUUUAAGCGAUUAAGCAAUUCAUGUCAUCAAAAGGAAGCUGAAUUAACGAAAGGUGAAACGGUUUGUCUUGAUCGUUGUGUAUCGAAAUUUAUGGACCUACAUCAGAGGUUAGGACAAAAACUUACGGCAAUUACAAGAGCUGAAGAACAACAAUUACAAUCGCAAAUGAUACAACAACAACAGCAGCAACAUGAACAACAACUAAAGAGCAAUUGCUUCAACGUUGAACUCGCUUCGGUAUUAAAUUACCAUGGCGAGGUUAAGAAAGUUUUAUUAUCUAGUUUAAAAGAACACGAUGCGAUCUUAUGGUGGAUCAUUAAGGAAGUUUCUGCGAACUUAUUAAUCAAAUAUGGUGCACAGAAAAUUUAA